AUGCUAGAGAAGGACGAGUCCCCUGCUAUCCUAGUUGCUCGAUUUCUGCGCACGAAUGGAUACAAUGAAACUCUCACCGCGUUCCUGCAGGAAGCCGGCUUGCCUGUUGAUGCGGGAAUUACGACGAAAGGGAGCUUAACCAUCGAGAACCUUAUUCGUGAGAAGAACCUCUACGAUGUUACGAGGAAUUUUGAGAAAUCGGGCCUUGACGAGAAGGAGCAUGGCUGGAAGACUCCUGCACCCUCGAAAAGUAUUGUCCUUUCUCUACCAAGCUCAUCGAAUGUCCUCUGCUCAUCCACCGGAAUGGUCGAGUUUGAGAACGGACACCGAAGGAGUGUCAUCAUCUCCAGCACGGCAGACCGUCGAUUAACCAUAACGUCUGUAGUGGAUGGUACCAGUACAACCCUGAUCUCACGGACUGAUGUUUCCGACUCUCCCAUCCUGUCAUAUCAACUGUUGAGGGACAGAUACAUAAUCUGCGGAACGAUGUCGGGCAGUCUUUUCGUUUACGACUUUGUGAAGUCGGAGGUUCUCUCCACACGAAAAGAUCACGCGAAAUAUGUGGUAAACUUGGCGACAAUAGAGUCAAGAUCUAGGAUAUGGCUCGCUACAGCGGGGUGGGACUCCAAAGUCUUCAUCUACUCUUUAGACAGCACUGAUUCUGAGAUACGCAAUCUUGAGAAUGCGGUUGGGACACUCACCUUACCAUCGAAUCCAGAAUCGAUCACGUUUGUCAAUCAUCCAGACACAAAUGAACCCAUCCUGGUCUUAGGUCGGCGAGACUCGACGUUUUUAUAUUUUUACCGUUUGCCACUCGACCAAUCUGGUCCACCGAUAGAGUUGAAGCAGGCAGGGAGACAAAAUCUGGCUCCUCAUUCCAAUGCAUGGGUGGCGUUCACGCCAUGUUCGAUUUCCGUGUCUCCCGUGGAGCCUCUCACUGUGGCCGUUGCUACGUCCUCAAUCCCACACAUGAAGCUGAUCAUUGUCCGACUCCUGCUACCGAAGCUACAGGACACUGGCGGGCUGUCCCAGUCUGAAUCCGAUCCGGAUGCUCCUCUCACCGCAGCAGCGAUGGGGCGAGCUGAAUUGGCUCGCCAAAGUCGAGAAGAUGUCGCCAUGCUUGUUCAUGUCAGCACAUUCGCACUGCAAACGCAGUACUCCACACCAUCCCUUACCUGGCGGCCUGAUGGGACUGGUGUAUGGCUUAACGGCGAUGAUGGCAUUGUCCGUGGGGUUGAGGCGAGCACGGGAAGAGUCAAAGUCUCGUUGGAAGGUCAUGAACCUGGCUCGAAGAUUCGCUGCGUUUUUGCAGGAUAUCUCGAAGACGUUCAAGGUUCGAAAAGGGAGUGUCUACUGAGCGGAGGAUUUGAUCAGCGCUUGAUUCUAUGGGAGAUCGCUUGA